CGAGAGCGCCUGGAGUAAGGCCGCCGCGCUGAAGCAAAUCGUCCAGUGGGAGAGAGCACACUUCGAAGGCAGAUAGAAACAAACGAAGAAGAACAACAGGCAGGAAAAAGAGCUCGCGGCUAAGUUCCAUAGAACGACGGUGCGUCAUAGCGAAAAGGCCUUUGAAUUAUGGAAAAGUCGUCCCAAUAAUGUCAAAUGUGUCUGACAUUCUGCAUAUUCGAUCCAAUGGCCGUAUGCACGAGCGAGCAUCAUUCAGCGAAACAAUUUACAUGAGAGUUUUUAGGAAAGCACAGAUUGCCGGUUGACGCUAUAUACCUAGUGACAAGAAGGAAACAGGCGCAAACCAUCUUUGACCAGGACGAUACAGUAUACAUCGAGCGUAACGCACGUAUUGCACAAACAUACACCGUGUGUGUGUUGCACGUACUACAAGCUUAAGGGUCACUGUGCAUUUGUUUUUCUCUGAGAUCAGUAAUAAAUAGGCCAUGCAACAGUCUCGGUAACAAUUACUGCCUUAAUUUCAAAUUUCUGUUAAGCAUGAUAGCCUGGUUCGACGCUGUGAAGGACUAGCAUAGAGACAUCAGUCUUACUUUCCUCAGCUUUGAACAGACGAUACAGUGGCUAUAAUCUACGCAAAGCAACGGCCGAAUUGUUGCGUCGUAUGUGUUGGCUUGUUGACCGUUGGCUGGGUUGUACCGAAAGCGCACUUUGUUGCGGGGUGCACUAUUGGGUACCUCUUUGUUUGUGUCGGUGUGACAGUGGGUUGCUGUGGUGCAGUGAGUGGUGGUGUGGUGAGCGUUUGGCGUGAUCGUGUGGCGUGGAGCCGCCCGGAGUAACUGUGGGUUCCCUCGGAGCGCUGGGCGCGGGCGUCGGUGGUGGGUGGGCGCUGCUGCCCGCUGCGGUGGACCCCCCAGGGCCCGGUGGCCACCUGGCCCUUUCCGGCCCUCCAUCGGGCCUCGCUUCCAGCGAUAUGACGGCGGGCUUUGUCGUCGAACCUGGCUCGGCAGAAGAGCCGACUAUCGACGCCACCUUACUGCAUUCUCUCGGACCGAACCUGCGAUCGGCUAUACCCAAAUGUGCAGGGUGCGGUGACGUAAUCCUGGACCGUUUCAUCCUGAAGGUGUUGGAGCGACCCUGGCACUCAAAGUGCCUUAAGUGCUCUGACUGUCAGGCUCCACUCGCCAACAAGUGCUUCGCCCGAGCAGGACACCUCUAUUGUAAGGAUGAUUUCUUCAAAAGGUACGGUACGAAGUGCGCGGGCUGUGAGCAGGGCAUCCCGCCAACGCAAGUCGUUCGGAGAGCUCAGGACAACGUUUACCACCUCAACUGUUUCGCUUGUAUUCUUUGCAAGAGACAACUCAAUACUGGCGACGAGUUCUACCUUAUGGAGGACAACAAACUCGUUUGUAAAGCGGACUACGAAGCAGCAAAAGCCCGAGAGGGUAGCACAAAACGUCCCCGAACAACAAUCACAGCAAAGCAGCUGGAGACCCUCAAAUCCGCGUACAACCAAAGUCCGAAGCCUGCCAGACAUGUACGAGAGCAGCUUUCCAGAGAUACUGGCUUGGACAUGCGUGUUGUUCAGGUCUGGUUUCAGAAUCGACGCGCCAAAGAAAAGCGGCUAAAAAAGGAUGCUGGAGGAAAAGCGCGUUGGGUAGCUUCUGCUGGUGAAUACUUUACCGGAGCACCUCCUGGCGGUCGAAAACGACCCCCCAGUUCCGCAGACUCGAAGCUUGGCGAUGACUCUAAGGAACAUGCUCUCUAUCAAGAUGAUAUAUCAGAGCCAUUUAGCACGGGAGGCUGUGGUGGAGCUGUUGGCGGUAUGGCCGGCUUGUCGUCCGACUCUGAAGAUGACGACCACGUAAUUGACGAGGACUCAGAUCCUGCACGGCCACAGUCCGCCUAUUCAGGAUACAAUCUUGCUUCGCCGGCGCAUACUCCCUCGCAAGGAGCUGGAGGUGGCGGGGGAGGCCCUGUAGUGGCUCAGCAUUUUAGCCCAUUCAAUUCCCAUUUCGCAUCAGCGGCGUUUAGCUCCUCGGCUGCUUCCGCUAACACUGCUGGUGUUCCCGGAACUGACCUCCCUCCAUCACCUGCCUCCUGGCUCGAGGAGAUCGACCAUUCGGCCACGCAUCCUCACCUCAGUUCGCCCCCUUACCACUAAACGAGGAAAUAUCCCUGCUCAUCCCCAAUAUGUACAGGGCAUCAUAUUCUCUCUCUCUCUCUCUCUCUCUCUCUCUCUCUCUCUCUCCCUCUCUCUCAGCACCAAUUACGCCACAACAGGGAUCGAUUACACCUGUUCAUUAUGGAACAAUAGCUUUGUCUGGAAUAUGGAAUCGUAUAGGCUUUACUUCGCGUUUAAAUGGAUAGAAAGGCCUGCUGGCGGGGGGGGGGGGGGAUUGAAUAGCAAAUAAACGAGUUGAUCCACGUUAAGCCGAAAUAUGCAAGAGGACAAGCAAUGAUAUCUUGAGACAAAACACGCCUGAAACCAGUGAGCCUUUACCUAUAUAGAUUUCGAAGGUGUCAGACUAAAUCGAUUGGAAAUAAUAAAAAAAUGAUCUCUUUAAUUCGUAUUGAGCUUGAGUGGGAGUAGAGAUGCGACACUGGAUAAGUUCCUAACAAUCACGCUAGAAAUAGGUCAAAUAGAGCGAGUAUCCAAUCUUCCAGCCGGCAAUCUCUAUUUCAAGGCGCGUCUUUUAUACAACGCGUAACUGUGCAAUGGAUCCCAGCAAUGUGAAACUCCAAAAUGUCCAACAUGAGAAGAGAGUGUGAUUAGGUGACGACGCGAAACGAAUUCGAGCCUGGGGAUAUUUGGAAAGUAACACCAAGGCAAUAAUAGGCUAUGGUCCUGUUCCGAAUUGUCUAGCAGCUUAUGUUACAAAAGGAAGCCUCUAAACCGAGGCAUGUUCCCAGGAAAUGAACAUGCUUUUCCUGCCCAUAGCCGAUGCGUUAUGCGGUAGCUCUAUAUGAGUGAGGUGUUGUUUAGGAAGAUUAAAAACGGCAAAUACGUUCCAUGCAUGCUUCCGAUAUUUGGGCGAAAUACGAAUGAACCAUGUGAGAAACAAAGCAAAUCCAUCAUGAAGAAGCGGCAAAAUGUGUGCAUACCCACCAUAUCGCAGCAGUUCAAUGUAACUCCGGCCUUCCGUCUAACUUAGUAGAGAGAUCGUUAUGAUAAAAAGCAUCUAGUCACCAAAGCCACCUGUUGUAUAUAAAUAUUACUAUUAUUAUAAAUAAUAAUAAUAAUAAUAAUAAAAUAAAUAAUAAUUAUAACACUAAUAAUAAUAAUUGUGUGAAUAGUAGGGUGCGCUGUCCGGACUAAUAAUCUAAUCCGAGUCGCCAUAGCUCAAUGAUUGUCUUACUCAGUUUUUUCGUAAUAAACCAUUGACAAAAAAAGUGACGAGUGCUGAUUGAAGACUUGAUCUGCUUUACUUUAGUUAACCUUGCUGUUUUCACACCUGAAAGAGACUAUUUUUUCCAUAUGUGCACAUGUUGCUAAAUGUUGAUAAUAAAGUGCAAUCAGUGCAGGCCUUUGAUAGGCGCACAGUUGUCCUUACAUACUGUGUCGAUUUGCCUCAACUCUGAGCAGAAUUGUAGAUGCGUCCUUUUGUUCGAAGCUUUCCACGGACAGCGCGGUGGCGCCAAGAGAAAUCGAUAAGUCGACUUACUCUCGUAUUGUACACACAGAAAUAAGAAAGAUCAAUUGAAAUAUAGACGAAAGCAUGUGAAAAUGCUCGAAGGCAAAGAAGAAAAACAGCGUAGACACGCAUUAGAGAAUAUUGGGACCGUAAAAUGCCUAAUUACUGCGGCAGAGUUUAAUAAAUAUCGUCGUUUCGAAAGAAAUCCUACUUUGUUAUUAUCAUUAUCCAACUGGACGCCGGAUAAGGAGUUCGUCUUUGUUACCGUUGAAAAAACUAAUACGGAAUUGCUAAUUGCUGGGGGAACGUUAUUACCGCUAGUAUUAUUUCGAUUUUUAUUGGGCAUUUUGAAUUAUUCAGACUUAAAUUAGUAAAAUCCGCUUUAAGGGCUGAAAUUGUUCUCUGUCUCAGCACUCAAACGAAGAGGACGAUCGUCCAAUUAUUUCACACAAUUGCAUACUAGCUAUAGUGAACGAAGGAUUCUAAACUUUUUUUCCACCUUACGCAGAAGUAGACACUUCCCUGAACUCAUUGAUAGGUUUGUGAGCCUUACUUUUGAUGGGGCCAUGGGCUGAUUAACGUUAGCACAAUACUUGCA